AGACUAUGUAGCAUCACAUGGCCAACCAUCCAGAGUAAACAAAUGUAUUGAAACCUACACGAAGUAUAUGUCGCACAUAACGACAUGUGAUGAUUAGCAAAAAAUUAUGUGUUUAACAUCACAAACCCACUUAACCUCGUCGGAACCUGGUUAAUCUCUUCGGAACAGUAAAACCGAACCCGAUUUACCCGGUUUUUAAAAAAACCCGACCCACCCUUAAUUAACCAUAAACCCGACCCAGAUUUAACCUAAAUCUAGCCCAAUUCUGCAAUUUAGAAGCCCAUUAAAAUGAGAAAAGAAGAAAUCGAAUCAAGAACUCAACUUUCCCCGUUCUUCGAAUCGUGAGAGAGAGAGAACGAACAAGUGCAAAAGAAGUGGAUUUUGUGGCUAAAUUCGCAAGAGAAGAGUGAAUCGGUGAAGAAUCAAGUCGAGAUGAGUGUCUCGGUGAAAGUGAAAUGCUUUCACUCUGGUCGGUUUAAAGAUGAAGGUGGAUUGUGUUAUGUAGAUGGAACCGUCGACGAGUUCGAGUUGGAUGCGGAUUCUCUUUUCACGAACUUGGUAAUGAAGAUGUUUGAGAAAAGGAUAGUGAUUGGGAAGUUGUGGUUCAAGCUACCAUUCCAUGAGUUGGAAGAUAGGAAACCUUUAUUUGAAAAUGUCGAAGCCAAUAAGAAGAGAAUGGAAUCUUCAGCGCGUUGGUACAAGGAGCUCGACAUCUAUGUAGAGAGAGAUAGGGUUGUUCUAGCUGAAGAAGGUAGCACGAAUGUUGGAGUUCAAGAAAGGGUUAUGAACGUUGAACCAGAAGAAGAGGGUCUGCAUGAUAGAGCUGAAAAACAGUGUGAGAAGCUCUGUGAAAAGCUGGCUGAAAAGAAUUCUGAGACGGGUUUGAUGUUUGAUGAAGAUGAAGAUGAGGCGUUAGACACUUUGUAUGAUCCUCUUGCAGACGACUCGGAUGAUGAGAAGUGUUCAGAAGAUGCCUUGUCAGAAUCUUCAGAAUCGAAUGAUGAGGCGGAAGUUGUUGAAGAGGAUAUAGUAGACAUCGACAAUGUGAACUAUGAGGAACAGAUACCAGACGAAGAUGAGGUGUACCCUGCUACAGACGAUUCAUCUGGUGAUGAAGAAGAACAAGCUGAGAGAUUAGUGCAAAGGGGUUUACCGGAUGGAGUGUUCAGCUUGAGACAGCUCUUCAGCAGUGGGUCAGAAUUUAAGAAGAAUGUCAUAAGAUACAUCCUGAAGACUGGGCGUAAUGUGAUAUUUGAUAGAUGGGAAAAGACUAAGCUUGGUGCAAAGUGUGGUGAAAAGAAUUGUGGAUGGAGGAUAUAUUGCUCUGUUGAAGAACCUAUCGGCAAAUGGAUGGUUAAGGUAUAUGAAGAUGAGCAUCAAUGUCAUCCUGUGGGGCGGUGCAAGCUUAUCAAGAGCCCUGUUGUUGCUGAUUUGUUUCUUGAAGAUAUAAGGCGAGAUCCAGAGAUGAGUGCACCGGAGAUCAAAGAUGAAAUGAAAAGGAGAUACAACAUUAUCAUCUCGCCUGCUCAGUCACAAGUUGCUAGAAGACUGAUUUUCGAUAAGUUGCAAGCUGAAACUGAUGAACAAUUUGCAAGACUUAGAGACUACGAGCAUGAAAUCAAGAGGACCAACAAAAACACUACUGUGGAGAUCAACACAACUCGUAGAGAAGAUGGAAGUGAAGCAUUUUCACAAAUGUACUUAUGCUUUGCGGCUCUAAAGACUUCAUGGAAGCAACACUGCAGACCAGUUAUUGGUUUGGACGGUACGUUUUUGAAGCACUCAAUGCAGGGAAUGAUAUUAACUGCUAUUGGAAGGGAUCCUAAUAACCAGAUAUACCCGAUAGCGUGGGCUGUAGUUUCUUCUGAAAAUAAUGAUAAUUGGGAGUGGUUUAUCCACAAAGUCAAGGUCGACUUGGACUUGGGUGAAGGCGAUGAGAUCACAAUAAUAUCUGAUAUGCACAGAAGUUUGAUCCACGGUGUUGCUACUGAGUUGCCAAAGGCAGAGCAUCGGGCUUGUGCAAGACAUAUCUACGCCAAUCUGAAGAAACUGCACAAGUCAGACACACUGAAGCCAAUGUUUUGGAGGGUCGCAAGCAGCUACAAUGAAGCUGAUUUCAAGCAAAAUUUAGCUGCAUUUAGAGAGUUUGACCCCUUGGCAUGUGAUGAGCUCCUUAAGAGAGACCACCGGACUUGGUGUAGGGCGUUUUUUAGGAUUGGUUGCUGUUGUGCAGACACACACAACAACUUGACAGAGUCCUUUAAUAGGACUCUAAAGGUGGCACGGAAGAAACCUUUUGUCCAGAUGUUAGAGCUGAUAAGGAGAGAUGCAAUGCAAAGGAUUGCCAACCGCUUUGAACUAGCUCGUAAGGAACCUGCAAGGCAUACUAAGAAAGCAAGAAAGGAGGUUGAGAAGUCGUGUGAUGAAGCUCAACACUGUCGUUCUGUCUCUAGCACUGGUGGGAGGUAUGAGGUUGUUGAGGGAACUAAUGGAUACUCGGUGAAAUUGCACAAGAGGACAUGUGCGUGUAGAAAGUGGGAUCUAACUGGGAUUCCAUGUCGUCAUGCUGUGUGUGCGAUCAGGGAGAACACAGGCUUGGUUGAAGACUACAUAUCUGAUUACUACACGACCGAGAAAUGGAGAGAGACUUAUCGAAGAGAUUUGAAGCCGGUCAAUGGACCAAAAUUUUGGGUUGAGUGUGGAGGAGGACGCAUUGUUGGACCACCUUACAAACGUCCUCCAGGAAGACCUAAGGGAAAAGCUAGGAUCAAAGGAGUACAUGAGUCACCCUCAAAAAAGAGGGUUGGUCGCAAAGGAAGGGUACCACACUGUGGUAUUUGCAGUGAGAAAGGUCAUAACUCAAGGACAUGCCCCACUGAGUCUCCGGAGACCAGGGAAAAACGAAGACGGCUAAGUAAGCAAUGUGAAGAAGAUGCUGAAGAAGCAGCUGCAAGGAAUGGUCAAGAUGAAGCAAACGAUGAAGCUCAGGAAACAGCUGAAAUGGAAGCUGAUUUGGCAGCUCAAAUGGAAGAUCAAGUAGAAGUUGAGUUUAUUUCUUCUACUGCACCUCAGCCAAGCCAACCAAGCCAAGGAAACCAAGCACCACAACGAAACCUCAGAAGAAGCAGUCGCUUGGCAGCUUUGCUUUUCGGUUGAAGGGAGGUUUAUCCUUUUUUUGAAAAACAAUUUACAUGUGGUAAUAUGUUCUCGGGUACCUUAUUAGG